AUGUCCAAGAAGAACUCUGAGGCUUCCGACAUGCCUUCGACCGAUGUCGGGUCCUUUGUGGCCCAUCUCAACAAGUCUAAGCGCAUCGUUGCCUUGCUGGGCGCCGGUCUGUCAGCCUCGAGUGGUCUACCUACCUUCCGUGGUGCGGGAGGCUACUGGAGGACCUACGAUGCAACAAUGCUGGCUAGUCCCAAUGCCUUCCGCAACGAUCCAGGUCUAGUGUGGCAGUUCUAUUCCUACCGUCGACACAUGGCGCUCAAUGCGAAGCCGAACCGAGCCCAUCUCGCCCUUGCUGAGCUUGCCCGCCGCAAUCCGGACUUCAUCACUCUCAGUCAGAAUGUCGACAAUCUCAGUCCCCGAGCUGGACAUCCGGGCAGUCAAUUGAAGCUGCUUCACGGUAACCUGUAUGAUGUGAAGUGCUGGGACGAACAUCGUUGCAGCUACAUCCGCAAGAACGAUUUCACCGAUCCCAUAGUUCCAGCGCUAGGAAUCCCUGCCAAUCAGGCGGCAGUCGAUGCUGCGCUGCAGAAAGGAACCAAGAAGCCUGGCGCGCCUUUUGGCAGUGCCUUGCUGGAAUCACAUAUCGCCAAGAAAGGCGCGUCCAUCACUGGGUCAGCCGAAGAGGCUGCAGCGCCGGCACCCAAGGAGCCCAGACAGGACGUCCCGGCAACGACACCUUCCUACAUUGCCAAGACGCACGCACUGAUCAAAGGCGUCGAUAUCUCCGACGAGAACGUACCCAUCGAGAGGAUACCAACCCACGCUCUUCCCCAAUGCCCGCAAUGUAAGAAGAAUCUCCUUCGCCCAGGCGUGGUGUGGUUCGGGGAGUCGCUUCCCGAAGAUGUGAUGGCUGAUGUCGAUGUUUUCUUCUCUGACCAGCGACCCAUCGACCUCAUGCUUGUUAUCGGCACUUCAUCUAAGGUCUAUCCUGCUGCAGGCUACUCGCAUAUCGCAAAGCGCAAGGGCGCACGACUAGCUGUUAUCAACAUGGACGAAGGGGACGCCCGCAGUCUCGACCGGGAUGAUUGGUUCUUUGAAGGCGAUGCUGCUGUGAUCGUACCUGAGAUUCUCAGCAGUGUUGUUGGCGACGUUGGAGAGUUUAAAGAAGAUGCGACUGCUCAGUUAUAA